CCUUCUGAGAUGGACAAUGCACUGUAGGCAGGGGGGGGAGCCUUCUGCCCUGCAUUAAAGAUAAUGUUCUGUGGCUGACCAUCCAAAAAGGAAUACUUAUGUAAACUCUUAUGUACUCUUAUAUAAGGUUUUAUGUUGCUAAUAAUCAAAAAAGGAGAAUGUCUUGAUAUGUUUUAUGAUGUUUCUAUGACUGACCCCCAAAAGGAAUGUUUAAUAUAAAGUUUUAUCCUGUUAAGGGAGGACUCUGUAGAGCAUAUCCUGACAAGGUUUAGAAUUGUAUCCUGUUACUGACCCGUAAAAGGAGUGCUCUGUAGAAGAUAUUCUGACAUGUUUAUGAUGGUAUAGGAUGAGUCUACGUGCAGGGUGAGCCUGCGGGAAGGGACCGGCCCUCCUUUUCCUCACGCUCAUCAAAGAAUAUAAAAGAUAAGGAAGCCCAACUUUAUUCAGAGUCUGCUGUGGGUUACGUACGAACGCCCAGCUGGAGUUUUGUUUCAAGCCACUCUAUCGGGACUGUUGGCUCUCCAGUCCGUGUGUCACGGAUGUUCCCGUGGAGACUGCUGAUCGGACGGUCACCACCUAAGAACCAUGGUUCUCUCCCUACGCCAGUCCUUCCGCCACGGAGGUUGCAGUACUGGCUCAUGGGGCAUGGGGGUCUACGCACUCGGUGCUAUCCUGGCCCUCGUCAGCCUCUGCUGCGGCAGCAGCGGAACACCAGCUACACGACUUGCAGUAAUUAAGCAACCCUUCCAGAUUGCAUGGUUCCGGUAAUAAAUACCUGCCAAAAGCUGGCUCAACAAAGAAAUCAUGUGGAUGUCACUUGGACUGUGCUCCAUGCCACCCAUACCUGCCUGCCAUGGAGUUCAUCGAAAGCGGGCAUGGUAUGACACCCUGCUGGGUGGAGCUGGAACAAUCCUUGGUCUGUCUGACACUGCGAAUACGGAGGUAACUCGCUCUAUGCUGUCAAGCGCUGGUCAAGAUGCUUCACAGGCCUUGCAUUCUGUGGGUGCAUGGAUGCCAACCACUGUCUUGACCCAACAGCAGGCGGCGAAAGUUUUCUUCGCUCAGUUUGGAUGGACUGUGACUGCGGUUAACGAGGCAGCCACGGUGUUGAAAAAUGUGACAAAAGCAUUGGAUAUGACGAUCUGUAACGUGCAAGGAUUACAUGCACGUCUACAACAGGACAGAUUCAAGAGGAUUGUAACAACUAACAAUCCUCACGAGUGGAGGAAUUUGUGGAAUAUCUCUGAUGGACUAUGGUUGCACAUACAUCCUGAGAAGACCAUAUGUAAUGCUACCGCUUGCACUGUCAGAUGGGUGCAAAUGAAUGUUACUGAACAUACGCCAGUAUGUAAGUAUCAUGUUUUGCCUGUCGUAACCCUCACAGGUUAUUGGUAUGUGAUCCUGAAAGGUGACUGGUUUAAUUCGCAGACUAAUCUUACCUAUGACCUUAGUACAUGUGAUCAGACGGAUCAAGGGAUGGCCUGUUUAGUGACAAGUAGAUAUCGAGAACCAUGUUUAACCGAAGACACGGCACUAUGCGAAUGGUAUGUAGAAAAACCUUCUGACUUGCUAUGGCAGAUAGCUCCCCACACUAUCUGUAUAGCCACGAUUAACCCCCAUCCGAUGUUGCUGUGGACACCUUUUUCUGGAUGUUUGAAGAACGUGAAUAUCUGGAAAUGGAAAAAUGUGACCUAUCAAUUGACCAAUUUUACUUCAGAAUCUCACCUUACCAUGUUGCAGUGGAAUGUUCUUCACAUGCCAUGGAAGGUAUCCCUGGAGCGAUUCAUAUGCGCACUGAACCGUUCCACGGAGGUCCAAAAGAUAAUCAAUUCUUAUAGGUCCAACGUUUCCAGACUCAUGAUAUCCACGGUCAUAACAAAGAAUAAGGUGGUACAUGCCGCUAGAAUGGUGGAACAACACUCUGCGCACCACUGGUGGGAUAUCUUUUCUGGGAUGUCUGUAACAGCUCGGACAACCGUUGUGCCUCCCUUGAUCAUAUUAAUAGUUAUUAUCGCUGUUUUGACGCUUUGCAAUAUCCUAACCUGUGUGUACAUUCGUCACGUGCGACGCGAGGUUUCUAAAUUGAUCUAUAAUUUGGCUUUCAAAUGAAAAUUAUUCUAUCUACCAGAGAUGAUUCAUUUGGAACAGAAAAAUAUUCUGUCCGCCUUGAUCCUUCAUGUCAACAGGAAAUUUUUGUAGAUGAUUACUGGAUUUCAUGUAAUUAUCGCCGUACCAUCAGGCAUUUUCCGUCUCGGGUAGAUUUACUUGAUUUUGUUGUGCAUCAUAUCCAGAAUGAAUGCUUAUAUUAUUUAGGAGCACGAGAAUAUCGUUUUAUUACUUGGGAUUCACAUGCCGGGGAUGGGAAUCAUUUCCUUAAUUGAUGGUCAGCCCCAGACCAAGGGGUGGAAUGAGAUGGACAAUGCACUGUAGGCAGGGGGGGGAGCCUUCUGCCCUGCAUUAAAGAUAAUGUUCUGUGGCUGACCAUCCAAAAAGGAAUACUUAUGUAAACUCUUAUGUACUCUUAUAUAAGGUUUUAUGUUGCUAAUAAUCAAAAAAGGAGAAUGUCUUGAUAUGUUUUAUGAUGUUUCUAUGACUGACCCCCAAAAGGAAUGUUUAAUAUAAAGUUUUAUCCUGUUAAGGGAGGACUCUGUAGAGCAUAUCCUGACAAUGUUAUCUUAUCCCGUUAUGAUUGACCCCCAAAAGGAAUGUUUAAUAUAAAGUUUUAUCCUGUUAAGGGAGGACUCUGUAGAGCAUAUCCUGACAAGGUUUAGAAUUGUAUCCUGUUACUGACCCGUAAAAGGAGUGCUCUGUAGAAGAUAUUCUGACAUGUUUAUGAUGGUAUAGGAUGAGUCUACGUGCAGGGUGAGCCUGCGGGAAGGGACCGGCCCUCCUUUUCCUCACGCUCAUCAAAGAAUAUAAAAGAUAAGGAAGCCCAACUUUAUUCAGAGUCUGCUGUGGGUUACGUACGAACGCCCAGCUGGAGUUUUGUUUCAAGCCACUCUAUCGGGACUGUUGGCUCUCCAGUCCGUGUGUCACGGUAGGGGCAGAUGAAAUGUUUUCUGUUGAAACUGCAUGGCUUAAACUCCUGUGUUAUGUUGUGUGACUGUUUUGAAGCGGGGAAUAAAAAGACACAUUUUAUUCUA